GACUGCAACCUAAAGUGAUUGUAGAUGGAGAAAUAGUGUGUCUAAGAAAAGGUGUGUUUGUUGGUGUUUUCAGUGAAGUCUGUGUGAGUGAACAAUCUGAUUUUGGUGAUUGAUUUGUGUAUGUCAGAUUUUGAAAUGUGUGUAAGUGUAUACCACGAACUUGUACAGCACAUUGGCAAUGUGUGUUCACCUCUCCAACUUGCAACUCGUAUGCUCAAACUAUUUUCUUUAUUAAAAUGAUUUGACACUUUUUGCUCUUUUACUAGAUUUGUCAUCAAGUAAGAACACUUUUGGAACUUUUAAUUUACUUUUUAUUUAUAUAAAGUAUAUAGAUUAUAUAAGUUUAAAAGUUUUGUCUCUUUUUUAGCAGUGGCUGCCAAAAUUAGCAUAACAAGCAAGAUGGAAUUUUCUAGAAGCAGAUAAAAUUUUGAUGCUGAGUUUUAAAAGGAAAGACGUGCAAGACAAUGCUCUGCAAGAUGACAAAGAAAUGGCAAAUAGCAAAACCUAACAUAUUUCAUUAGCUUACAGGAAUGGAAUUUUUAAAAAUGGUACUUCUGCUGACUUAUGUUUUUGCUAAGAAAGUUAUUUAUUCCUACUGCAUUCUCAUGUAGCAUGUUUAACUCACUGCAUGAUGGAGUAUUGAGUGAUAUGUAGUGCAAGUUCUGAUAUGUCUAAAAUAAGUAAGAAGUAGUGUGAACCAGAAAAGAUGCAGAAUCAAUACUAUUCACUUGUCUUGGCUUCCCUUCUGAUCAUUCUUCUGCUGCAAGAACUUGUCCCUAUGGAUUAUUUUGUGAAAAUGUUUUUGAAUCAUUCUUUGUAGCAAUAAAAUAACAGCAAGGCAGCAGAGACACCCAGUGUAAGUAUGAUCAGAAGAAAAUCAUGGGAUUUAUUUACUUGAAAAAAACCCUUUUUUCGGGUUGGGAUAUUAUUGAAGAAAAAAGUCACUGAAAAAUACUGGUUUUUCACAGCAAUGGAGGUCUACCAUUCUUGCCAAAGCAUUCACUGGUUAAGAUUUUGUUGUCCAGAGCCGUCUUUGAGAUGAAAAAUUUGGGCUCAUUUCCUGGAGCUUUGGCCAGUGGAGAUGACAGUUAAUUUAAGAGCCGUGCAACUGCUCCUGUGUGCAGACAAGAUGAGAACAAAAGCUCAUCUCUUAUGUUCAUACUGGGGCUGACUGAAAUUACUGGCUUGUAAGAGAGAAAAAUGUAUUCUUCAGAGUGGCGAAAAGCAUGGCCAUUAAGACUUCCAUUUGGGAUCUGGGAAACCUCAGUGACUCCCUGGUUUUAAUCAGCUGCAUUUUUUAUUCAGAUCAGGAACUUAAAUUAGGUCCUCUCACGACCUACAUAGCUUCCUCGAGCAAGAGUGAUUCCUUUGUGUGGGGUAGCUCUGGAACGCAUCAAGGGGAUGAAGUGAGCAAUGCUCUGGUGAAUACCUAAUCCCUCGCACGGGUCUGCUCUCCAAGGAGAGGCUGAGAGCAGUGCCCUGCAGCAGGCCUGUGUUUGGGAUCCUCAGUUUGUAUCCUCAGUUUGAGAUAUUGGCCUGCCAAGAAAUUUAUUCAGACCUCCCAAGCCCAGUGCCCCCAACAUCAGACUACAGAAUAGCAUGACACAGCUCACUUGCAUGCUCUUAUCUCUCUCUUGUUCAAAGUACAUUGGAGUUUCUGUUGUGGGAAAAGGAGAUGAUAAAAAUGAACAAAUAGUUUUGUGACAUGGGAAAGAACUUUCUUCUCAUCUCUAACUUUGAGUGCAUCAAUGGAGUUUCUGUCCUAGUGGAAGAUCUUGUUCCAUGAUUUAUGAUACUAUCUGGUUCCUGAACCAAAGAUACUUACCUGCUUUUUCAGAUCCAGAAAUAGCUUUUUAAAAUGGAAAAAAUGGUUUUAUUUCAUGUUUUGCUCCUUGGUCAUUGCAUGUGACUACUUUCUCUUCAUUUCUAACCACCCAGUUCUUAACAAUAUAGAUUUGAUCUAUCCAGUCUUGACAAUAGAGGGUUGUUUUCUUUAUGUGUGUAGCUGACAGAGAUUCCAAGUCAGGAACCCUAUUAGAAAUAAUAAAUCUUGGAGGCUAAAAUGGAAUUUUAAAAUGUACAUGAUGAAAGAAGUUGCAUUUCAUUUCUGAAGAAAAUAAUGGUAUUUAUUUACUUGAAAGGAAAAGUUUUUUUUCAGGUUGGGAUUUCUGUUUACACUGAAAUAAUUAAUUUAUAGAAUUAUAUCCUAGAAAGAUAAUUCUACCUAGGCCACAACUUCAAUUUAGUCAGAAAGCUCCUGUAUUACAGAAAUGCCUUCCACACAGAGUAGUUUCUGUAUUUGUCAGAUAAGCAGUGCACAUCAUGGACUACGGAUCUAAUUAAGGUUUCAAGACUCUGAAAGGUAAGCACUUUAAUAAUUCUAAAAUAAUUUUAAUUUUCAUAUACAGAAAAAUUGAAGAAUACUAAUAUAUCUAUUUAAUUUUCAGUUUAGUUUUGAUUUCACCUUGAAGUACUAGAAACUUCUCAAAGAGCCUAAUUGAACCAAAACUGUAACUACUUCAUUGAAGGGGAUGAGGCGUCCUGAACUCCAGAAGCAGUCAGCAUUUAUCACAGAAGUAAACACUGACACUACACCCAUGAUCAGAAGGAUCUCUUUCAGUUUCAUUGCAGCUGGAAUCAGUGACUUCAGACUGGAAAGUAUUAAAAUGCGAGUGUCUGCCAUCCAGGAUCUCAGGGAGGAUGAAAAUGAGGAGUGGGAAGAAGAAGAAAAGAUCUUCCUCAAUCCUGUUAUUGAGGACAGAAAUAUGGAACUGGCCCGAAAAUGCAGUGAAUUAAUAAGUGAUAUACACUAUAAAGAAGAGUUUAAAAAAUCUAAAGGCAAGUGCAUAUUUGUACCUGACACCCCGCAGCUAAAACAUGUGAAAAGCCUUGGUGCUUUUAUUUCUGAGGUGAAAUACAAAGGAGCUGCUAAGAAAGACCUUUCCAACUCUCUUUAUCAGCAGAUGCCAGCCACAAUUGACAGUGUGUUUGCAAAAGAAUUAAUGCACCUUCAGAGCAAGGUUCUCUAUAAACAAAAACAUGAUGCUGAGAAAGGAUUUUCAGACUAUGCACGUAUGAGGGAACCUCCAGAUGUUAAACAUGCCAUGGAAGUCAGUAAACACCAGAGUGAUGUAUCCUAUAAGAAGGAUGUGCAAGAUACUCAUAGGUACACUGAGGUGCUGAACAGACCAGACAUAAAGAAGGCGACUGAGAUAACAAAGAUAAUCAGUGAUGCUAAGUACAAGAAAGGAAGGGGAGAGCUGAAUAAGGAGUCUGCUGUGCUUGGAAGACCCGAUUUUGAACAUGCUAAAGGAGUUUCAAAACUUUUAAGCCAAGUGAAAUACAAAGAAAAGUUCAGUAAGGAAAUGAAGACCCACCAGUACAAUCCUCUUGACAGUGCUUCCUUCAAGCAAGCACAGAUUGCAUCCACCUUGGCAAGUGAUGUGAACUACAAGAAAGAUUUGGAAAGCCUACAUGAUCCAGCAUCUGAUCUACCCAACCUGCUGCAUUUAAACCAUGCUUUAAAUAUCAGCAAAACACAGAGUGAUGUCAAGUACAAAGAAAAUUAUGAAAAAUCCAAAGGCAGAUCAAUGUUGGAGUUUGUGGAUACACCAAUGUAUCAAGUUUCAAAGGAGGCUCAAAAGAUGCAAAGUGAGAAAAUGUACCGCAGAGAUUUUGAAGAAGGGAUCAAGGGAAGACCUUCACUGGAUUUAGACAAGACCCCAGAGUUCUUGCAUAUAAAGCAAGUCACUAAUCUUCUGAAAGAGAAAGAGUAUCGAAAAGAUUUGGAAGAAGGGAUGAAAGGAAAAGGAAUGACAGUGUUUGAAGAUACACCAGAUUUGAUUAGAGUGAAAAAUGCAGCUCAGAUAUUAAAUGAGAGGCAAUACAAGAAAGACUUGGAAACUGAAAUUAAAGGGAAAGGCAUGGAAGUUGGUCCAGAUACACCUGAGAUAAGACGAGCCAAGAAAGCUUCUGAAAUUGCAAGCAUGAAAGAAUACAAGAAAGAUUUGGAGAAUGAAAUUAAAGGAAAGGGAAUGGAAGUGAGUAUGGAUACCCUUGAUAUACAACGAGCCAAAAAAGCUUCUGAAAUUGUCAGCCAGAAAAUGUACAAAGAUGAAGCAGAGAAGAUGCUCUGUAACUAUUCUGCUGUCCCAGACACUCCUGAGAUGGAGAGGAUAAGAUGUACUCAGAAAAACAUCAGUUCAGUGUUUUAUAGGAAGGAAGUAGGAGCUGGCACAGCAGUAAAAGAUACUCCAGAGAUUGAAAGAGUAAAGAAAAAUCAACAGAACAUUAGUUCGGCUGCACGUGUUGCAUAGGACUUGGUAGAGUUUGCACUUCAAGAUGAGAAAAACUAUGUCCAGACUUCACCUCUGUGAAAAGGAGGAGAGUUGGUGCCUCUUUGCAUGCUGGUGACAAGUUGAUCUGUGGAUCUAAUGAGAGUAGCUCUGAAUUGAUGUUGUCUAUCUAAGGAUGCCCAAAGUCUUUGGCACUUUUAUAGGCAAAUCAAAAUGAAAUAUCAAAAUGACUGUUUUCUUCAAAUAGAACAUUAUCUUGUUAUUAAUAUGUGGCAAAACUCAGAAAAAACUUGAAAAGUGACUGCCAAUCAGCCAAACCCUUGUAAGUGCAUGGUUUACUUCUUUGUUAUAUUUGGUGGGGACACCUCUGGGGCAAUUAUUAUGUUUCUGACAUGACUUUUCUGAUUAUUAGAUUUUUUUUUAAAAGUAAAGUUUGAAAAUAAUGUAUAGACAUGAUGCUAUGUUGUGUUGAAAAUAUUAGUUAAAAUAUGAAUUAGGGACUCUGGGCACCUAUUCUCAUAGAAUUUCAUUGUCUAAUGAAUAGUGUUGAACACCUUAUUUCCCACCAAAGUAAGGUCAGUAGAGAAUUUCCAAAAGAUUUUGAAAAGCUCCUAUUUUCCUUGUAAUUUUUUCUACUCUAUCUGUCACUUUUCAUCUUGUCAUUUUGAGUCACAGUGCAAACUAUCAUAUGUCCUAAAUCCUGAAAUAGUUGGAUACUAAAUAGUUGAAACUGGCUGGUUGGGAAGCUGUUCAUUUUCUUGAUUUGAGAGUGACGAGUGAUUUUUUUGUUUGUUUGGGCUUUUUUUUUUUUUUUUUUUUUUUUUUUUGUUUUGUUUUGUUUUGUUUUGUUUUGUUUUGUUUUGUUAUUUUGCUUUUAAAUUUCCAUUUACCACAGACUUUUAUUUCAAGAGUAGUCACACAGAAAGGAGAAGCCUCACUCUAAUGUUUUUUCCAAUACAUUUCAAAGUGAAGUGGAAAAAUAGUUCACUGUUCUUGCUGUUUUGGAAAUCCUAAAUAGUGGUGAAGAGAGAAAAAUGAAGAGUUGAUCAGUAUGCUAGUAAACACUUUUGAACAAAAAUCUACCAAGGGAAGUACAAAAUGCAUUAGUGGUGUACUGGGAUGAUGUAAGUAGCAUGGCCUUUACCUUGCUAGUCUUUAUGUAGAGUUAGUAUUUUACAAAAGGUAUUUUAUUACAUGUAGUGUACUUGAAAUUACUUUAGUCUUGUAUAAUAUUUAUUAGAGGUGUAGCAUGCCAAAUUUAAGGGCAAUGUACAAGAAUGUUUUAAAUUACAUGUCAGUGAGAGGGAAAUUAUAUUGUGCAGUAAGAGGGAAAUUGUAUUGUGUAAUUUACAGGAGUCCCAAGGGAAGGGUAAAUUACACCAAUUUUGAAUCCAUUAGAUUCAGAUAUUUUACGUGUAUUUUUGAAUUUAGCCAGAAGAACUUGGGACAGUCUUAAAACUAUUUUCUGGGAUAAAUGAAUCUAGAACGUGGAAUGUGAAGCAAAAUUGCAGUGAGGGAAACACCAGGGCACCAAAAUAACAUUUACAGUACAACCAGUGACACAAAAACGUCCAUUGAAUAAUGUUUUGCAAGUGAUCAGAUUCUUUCAGAGCACAUGUGUAGGAGACAAACAUCAGAACAGUGUUUUCAAAGCCUAAAAUAGAAGGUGGUGGCAGCCAAGGAGGUUGAGCUCAUCUCACCUGUUGUGAUGAUUGGUUUGGAAAAAGCCAAGAUCUCACAGAACUUUCAAAGCAAACCACAGACCCAUGGACUGUAGCUGAAUCUGCACUGAGAAGCUACAAAUAACUAAGAACUUCUAAAAACUUGUUUGUAUUGAAGGGCAAGCAGGGUUGAUCACAGCACUGGGAAGAGGAAGCACUUUGGGAGAAGAUUCUAUUUGUGUUUUUGUUAGUGUGAAAUCUGUGAGGAAACCCCUGUGGAAUGUCAGUCAAUACCACAAAGCUGGGGUCUUAUUCAAAGUCAAGAAACAGACAUUUUGAAGUAUUUUAAGGACAAGUAGCACUGCCAGUUCUUAAACUUACCUAAUAGUCUCUAUUAAAGGGCCCUUUUUUCUAGCACUUUAGUAUUGUUGCCAGUCCUAAACUGUCUGGACUGAAAUUUUCCAUUUCUGGUCUGUACUUUGGGCUGGUUUGGUUUUAUUUAUUUAUAAAUUUCAGUCAAAGCAGCUUCCAAGUAUGAGCUUAGAGAAAAACAAGUUGUUUAGUCUGUGCUAUGAAACUGGGAAUUCUCCAGAAGUACUAUGUCUUGAAAAGAGAGUUGAAAAUUAAAUGUUAGAAAAAACACCAGUAAAUAUCUGACAGCACCUGCAAAGGCAUCAACAAUCCAUCCUCAACUACAUCCUCAGCUGUGUGUCUGCAUGCCUUUUUAAAGAACUUCAAUGAGACUUUGAAGCCAUCCACCCUUUUAGGAACACCUGCAAGGCUCGGUUUCUGAAAUGCACUGGUAGAGUCCAUAGCAAGUUAGGAGUAAGACCAAGUCAUCGUCACAGUGGUGUGGAUCUCCAAGUAGUAUAUGCAGCAUCCUGAUUAUUGUGAAAGUAGUCACAGUCCCAUGUGAUGUAUAUUCCCAGUGUAAGAGUUUUAGUACACUAGAAUUGUUAUAAGCACUCUCUGUUGUAUUGAAUCAAACAAGAUACAUUAGAGACCCUAGCAGACUGUUUUAGAAAUUAAAUGUAACUUGCUUUUCAGGCCAAUGGUGUUUGUAGAUGUGGUCUAGUAGUGCAGUAUGUGUAAGGGAGAGAGUAUAAAGUGAUAGAUGUGUUUUAGUGCCUGUCUCUCUCUUCUUUAAAUUGAUAAUAUUUUGUAAUAUCUAUUGUACAGAUUAAAUACAAGGAAGAAAUUCGGCAAGCAACAACUAUUUCUGAUCCACCUGAACUAAGGAGAGUUAAGGAAAACCAGAAGAAUAUUAGCAAUGUGUGUCCCAUUUUCAUUUCUUGCACAUUUCUCUCUACUGUAUUAAAUGUGUUUGUGUCUUGGUGAA